AUGUCGUGGUGUAUAAAACAUCCUGAAUAUUCAAAAGAAAAUGAUAGGAUCAACUCGUACAUACACGCCCGAACGAGAAGUUUUGUUAGCGAAUGUAGAAUCGAACUCGCUGAAGCAGGAUUCUUCUACGCAGGAAAAAAGGACCAAACGAUUUGUUUUUACUGCGGUGGUGGACUACACCAUUGGCAAGAUAUCGAUGAUCCUUGGGAAGAACACGCGAAAUGGUUUCCCAAGUGUCCGUUCGUAUUGGUACACAAAGGACAAGAUUUCGUCAACGAAAUGAGAUCCAGAACCGAAAGAAACGCCCUACAAAAGAAAAGGAUUCCAACAAACAACAUUGCUGUACCCCCACCGAUAGAAGAAUCAAACAUCGAGUCACACCCUCUACAAGCUGAACAUGACGACCUUCGUGACGACGAGCAAACCGCUUUACAGGAAGGUGAUCUGGAUGGGGAUAUUGUGGACGAACCUCAAAGUUUUCUACGGCAGCCACCAAUCCUCCACCCUCAACUUGUGACCAUCAGUAGCAGUGAUGAUGGUGAGGUAAUAAAAAUGUCUAACAGUGAAGAUGACUUGGACAACUUAACUAUGGAAGACCUUGCAAAAGAAUUAAGUGAGGAAGAGUUAGACAUUGACCAAUUGAUUGAAAAUAAAAAGUAUAAAUUGGACUACGACUUGGAAAUUUACAUCGACAGGCUUAUGUUUGUAGGAGAUGCGGGCAACGGUUUUACGAUAGAACUGGACUGA